ACAGAGCAAAACUUCCUCAAGCAGCCCAAGAAUGCUAAUCGCAAAAAAAAAACAAGAUAAAAUUUUCAAAGCAGGCGAACUUUGUUUCCCAUACAAUGAAGCAAGUGUCCUUCGCUCUACUUCUGCUUGCGCAGAAUCGCACACGCCACUUCCUUUCGUUUUCUUGGAAUGCCACAGUAUGCGCUGAAACAUUCUACAAGAAUCGAUUUCUACGCUUCCAACAUAAGACAUUCAAGAAGUCGUCACAUACCAGCCGGCGAUAUCAGGUGAGAACUUGACCACCGCUUUUUUGCGAUGUCGAUGCCAAUCUUCAGUUCAUGGCGACAGACGUGCUGCGCAUGUGACGUCAUACUUAAAGCAGGGGUCAAAUCAUUUAAGAGACGGCAUUUCGGAACCGCCCUCCUUCAGUUCUCACCGGCGGCCGCGUCAACGGUACCCGUUUUUACUACGGCUCCUGCCAGCUCGAGCGAAGAUGGCCGUGAAAUAGACAGCUCCCAGUACCAUUUCGUGGACCACGUCAUGUCGGUUCCCAGCGUGAACUUCUUGUGCUUCCGUACCGCCGAGUGCUACAGCGCGCUGAAGAAGCAUUCCGCCCUAACUGCGAUUGCUCUCGACACCGUUGAGAAGUGCGCCUCGCACGCUUACUCCCGUCUCGGGAAGCCCGCCGUCGAACAACUCUCCGUACCACUUCAGGUCGCUGACAACCUCGCCUGCAAGGCCCUGAACAAGCUUGAGAACAACAAUCCGGUGAUAAGCAAAACACCGCACGAGAUCAUCGCCGAUGCCCGCGACUUUGGCAAACGCAAGUACGGCGACGGCCAGGCCUACGCGCAGGAAAAGGUUAGCACUCGCAUAGAACCAGAUUUGUCACAGGAGAACGAUCCCCGCAAUUGCACCUUUUCCCGCCUGCUCGUCAAAAGCUGGAAGGCCUCCGUCUGCCUCUCUCACUUUGUCAACGCCGAGCGCCAAUGGUUCAAGGACCUCGUCGAAAAAACCUUCGCGGCAGCCACACGCCUUCUGGAAGGUCCCGCCGAGCCCCUUCAAAAGCCCACGACUGCGAGGGAGCAUGCCAGCGCUGCUUUCCAUCACGUGGUCAAGCUCUUUGGCGAACUUCGGUGGAUGUACGCCGACGCUUUCGCGCUUGUAUACAGUACGGCGUGUUCCUCGCUCGCCGCACUAUUCACCCGCACGGAACCGAUUAACCUCGAAUUGCUUUAUGACGACGCACCAUCGAGUUGCGAAAUCACACCAACGUCGUCACCUCGUCGACAAAAUGUCGAUCUAGGUUACAGUGGUCUGGACGAUUCGGAAGAUUGCUGUGCAAGUGAGGACGAUCUAUACUAUUAGUCUUGAGAACUACGUCCUUGUGUUCUGUUUUGCAGACAAUAAAGCGUUUUAUUUUCGU